AUGAGAAAAAGAUCGAGAAAUUCACGCAAACGCGAAAGGACGCCCGGAAAAGCCUCCUACAUCACAUCCCAUCCGAGCAAGGCGUCUCGGUCCCAAAGAACCUCCAAACCCUCACAUAUCCCAUCCCUCUCUCACCAUCAAAGAUGCCACAGCUCAACCUACCUUCGGACCCGGCAUCCGCGGAAUCUCUGCCCCUAA